AUAGAUGAACCCGCCGCUCUCAGCCGCUCAAAUCCGGCCACGCGUAACCCGACGGAUUCUCCAUCCCAUCGCCUCCAUUUAUUAACCUCUCCGACGGCAUUCUUUUUCAUCGAACAGGUUCAAGAAACAGAGCCUUGAAAAAACAACAUGAUGAGGGACUGUGAUUCUUGUAGAUCAGCGCCGGCGUCGGUCUACUGCGAGGCAGACGCGGCGUCGCUGUGCUCGGCGUGCGACGCUGAGGUUCACGCGGCGAAUUUUAUCUCCCAUCGUCACCACCGGGUCCCGGUGGUCGGAAUGGAGGAGUAUAAUGAAGGCGAGCAGAGUAAUUACGCUGCUUUGUUUGGUGAGGAGGUGGAUGAGUAUUUGGAUUUGGUCGAGUUCGGUUCUUGCGAGGAGAAGAAGAGUGGGCUGAGCUUUGAGUGCGUGAAGAGCGAGGUGAGUGAAGGGGUUGUGCCUGUCCAGAGUUUAGUCGUGAAUGAGGAGAUGAAGGAGGAUUAUGAUGAGUCUGCAAUGAGACAUGGGGUCCCCUUGUCAUCCGUGGAAACAAACAGCGUAGUCCCAGACUCUACAUCAAACCCCCACAUUCGACCUUCAAAAGGAACCAUUGAGCUCUUCUCUGGCCCUCCAAUCCAAGUCCCAACUCAAUUCUCCACCGUGGACAGAGAAGCAAGAGUUCUUCGAUACAGAGAGAAGAAGAAGAUGAGGAAGUUUGAGAAGACGAUAAGGUAUGCAUCCAGAAAAGCCUACGCUGAAGCCAGACCGAGGAUUAAAGGGAGAUUUGCUAAGAGAUCAGAUGUUGAGCUUGAAGUUGAUCAGAUGUUCUCGAAUUAUGUGGUUGUGUCUGAAGAGGGGUAUGGGAUUGUACCCUCAUUCUAGUGUUUUGUGAGGGGGUGGUAUAUAUGUUGGUACUAUUGAUUCAAGACUUUAUGCAGGUUUAAUGUAGUUUGAAGCAAUGAGGUUUAUAUGGAUCAUUGCUGUGAGCCUGCAUUAUUUGGUCUUCUUUUCUGUAUA